GGCAUGUCAGGCCCGUUAGGGAUGUCAGGUUCGUCGGGGGGGGGGCAACGGCCAUCAAGAGACUCUUUGAGUGUUAGUGCGAAUUGGACGUGUGAAGAAUGCGGCGAGGUAUAUACUCAAAGGCGCCUACAGGAGCGGUGUAAUUGCCGUCGUGACAGCCGCAAUAGGCUCGUCUUGAAUCCGUUCAACUUGUCCGCACCGUCAGCACGGCGGCAGCACACCAUCACCGUGUCCAGGGAGGACAGUGUACGCAAGGAUGCAGGGUCAUCACGUCCAGUCGUCAGGGAACGAGAGAACGGUGCAACAGACGAUAAUCAAGAAGCGGGAUCCUGUGGAGAUGAUAUGCCCGACAUCAGCACGUACGAUGUCGGGGCAGGCGACAAUUUCGGUGGUGCUGGCGGCGAUUUCGGUGGUGGUGUGGGCGACGAUUUCGGUGGUGCGGGCGACGAUUUCCCAAGCGCCGAUGGUCCACCAGAAGAUGAUGAUGGCGUCGGCGAUGAUGGUGGGAUCAACGAUGUUAUGGCGAGGAUCGAGAAGAAUCUUGCGGUGAUCGGGACGAACACGGGCACAGACGAUGAGGAUGGUAGCAGUGACUGCGGGGACGAGCACAGCGACAUCGGCUUAGACGAUGAACGGUACGACGAUUUCCAGGGGGACGUCGACAACCGAGGGUCCUGCAGUGAGCCUGAGGUGUUUUUGCUUCCCGAGGAUGGUGGUGGCGCGUCAUCUGUCCCCAGGUUAGAUGUGCUUCACACGAUGGCACCGUCUUUUGCCUCGUGCAAGACGGCAGAGGGCGGGCCGGAGAAGUUGAGACACAACACCAAAGCCCGUGGUUCUCCUUUCUACCCCUUCGCUACGAAGGAGCAGCAGCUACUCUUCGUGUGGAUCCACGUACACCGGAUCUCUAAGCGGGCGUUGCGAGGGCUUUUAGAAAUACUGUUGCUGCUGCACGAGGGCCAACCGUUUGACGUGAACGGGCUCGCAGGCGUAGACCCCGAGCAUUUCUAUGGUCGCAUGCGCCCGUAUUUGCCCAUGCUGCAGCUCCUGGAGCGGGAUGUUCCUUCGACGCACGACGGGGGAACCUCGUCUGUCUACGACAUCCCGGUCAAUCUUCUGCUUGAUCGUGUGAUGCAGAUUCAGUCGGAGACGGCACUUUCGGAGGCCUACCCGGGAGGCAAGAUCUUACGCGGAGAAGAAGCCGCCGCAAAUCGUCUGACGAGCGACCACAUCAAUUGCGUGCCAACACGGCAAGAGGGCAAUGUCAUGAACUCCAACCAGAAUGGCACUCUGGCAAGAUCAACCCCAUUCUUCGGCUUCGACGGCAUACGAGCUAGAGUGUGCGGGAGGAAGGUCUACGUCAACGACACAUGCGUGGCCGAAGUCGAGGGAGUGGUAACGCUGUGUCGCAUGCUGAAGAUCUUCUACGACGAGGCACGUCAGUUGGUUAUAGUGACCGUGCGAUUGUUCAGGGGGGUGAGCGAGGUGCGGGGAGUGCGCCAAGAGGAGAGACGUGGUGGAUUGUUACGGGUGUGGGAAGAUUGCACUGCCGACGGCGAGGUGGAGUUGAAGGCCGACGCUGUUCUGGGGCUGGUGGAGAUGGAGACGCCACACGAAAUGGCGCCGGCUGGCGGGAGUCAAGGGGGGCACAACUUCCCAUGGGAUCGCUUUGUCGGGGAAGGUUUCGUGAGACGGACCGGCACUAAGCGGCCCUUGCAGAGUAGCGACCUGCCUAAACCGUUCACGGUGUCGGAGUCGCCCUGGUGCAUGGAAGGGCCCGCCGAGAGGCCACUCUGGGGGCUGAGACGUUCGGGAGUGCAUUUCAACGACACGGAUCUGCCCUUCUUCUCCGCAUCGCUGGUGUUUAACUGCGAUGCAUUCAACGCGUUCGGCAUGGGUUGCAAGCAUUCUGUAGGAGGCUCCUACUUUGGAUGGGCUUGGCGCGCGCCGGCGGUUCAGCGGUUGAAACAUCAGUCGCACGUGGGCACUCUUGCGAGCCCCGGAGCAUGUUGCCGGGGAGAGAUCGGUCUGCAGUGCGAAGUACUCGGACUGCUACAGAAUGGGUGCCUAGGACGCGCCAAGCUCACAGACCAAGAGGGGGCGGCGUUUGAGCAAGAGGUAUUUGUGCGUGGUGGUCUGCUGCUGAUGUGUGGGGACGGCCAAGGGCGAUCGAAGUUCCUCGGCACGAAGGCUCCCAACAGCUGGUCCAGACACCCGUGCGCCUACUGCAUGGUGAGACAGCGGACGGAUGACACCAGCGGCGAUCUGGGGAAUCCAAGGUUCGACAUCGACAAGCACCGCCGCACAUGGGGCCAGAUAACGAAGGGCUUCGAAGAGCUUCAUGGCCUAGCGGAUGACCCAAGAGAGCUGGAACGACGCUCGAAAGAGUUGGGGCUGGUUGAGCCGGACGCGUCAGGACUCCCGUUACCGCUGUAUGACGCCAUGCGCGUUGUUCCCACGGAGAACGUACCCGUCGAGCGGCUGCACUUCGAUGCGCUGGGGCAAAGUCAGCUGUGCCAGAUUUUCUUCUUGGAGAUGCUCUCCACUGCAGGUCGCCGACUUGUCGGCGCCAUCAUGGCGCAGAAGCCGUCUUUGCUCUACCCACCGGGAACGGGAAAGAUCAAGGAUAUAGUCACGAACUACGCUUCUCUGACUGGGAGCGACAAGUGGACGCUGCAAUCGAUCAUGCUUCUGGUGUUCCGGAUGGUUCUUCAGAAUGUUCCGGCCAUGAGGAGAAACAUGAACACACGGGAGAUUAACGGCCUGAAAGCGGAGUGGGGAACAUACGAGGGUCUACUGGAAGCGCUGCGGGAGCUUAUGAUACGGUCGUCUCUCCUGUCGUUCGCCCUCCGUGCGCCAUCUUUCACCGAACCUGAGCUACGGCAACUAGACAAGCUCGCUCGUGAUGCGGUCGAGGCGUUCUCCAAGAUAAUGGGGAGGACGGGAUCGCGGCCCACAAUACACUCCAUCCUGCAUACGGUGGAGACGAUUCGCCUGCAUGGACUAUGCCCGGACGCGAGUACGUGUGAACACACCCACCAGACAAACAAGUCUGGAAGGAGUGUGGACUGCGGCAGAAACCCUUCAAAGCACAUGGCUCAGCGGGCGAACGUCAACAGCGCUCUUUUGGCGUUGUCCAACGGACUUCCGUACAGCGUCACCAGAUACAACCGACAGGAUAGAGUGCACGAGAUCGUCUCCGUUCGACCUGGUGAUGGCUGCGUCCGGCUCAUGAAGUCGCUGGCGAGCUUGGUCGGCCACGACGGCGUGCCCACGGACAUUCAUGCCGAGGCGGUUCAAACGCCGGCACAGCUGAGAGGGCAGUUUCCGGGGUCUGCAGUUUGGACAGCGUCUCUGUUCAAGACCGGAGACGAGCAGCGACAAGAUGGCGACUGGCUUCUUCGCGUGGCGUCCAGCAAAUUUCGCCCAGACGGGCAGACCUUGCUGCGUGGGUAUAAGAAGUACUACGGGUGCGACAUGUCGGGUACGUGCACAAGCAGUCGCUGCCCGAACUGCUGGGGCGGAGAUGGAGCCCUCGAAUACCUUUCCAUCGACUGCUCCCGGUGCAUCAGGGUGCCUAUGGCUGCGAGCUGUGGCCUUGGUCGCUUGAAGGGGGGUGAUGUCAAGUCUACUUCGCAACCUGGGCCGCGUGACGAAUGGGCACUCGGGAGUGGCGGGGGAGACAACGUGGAGGUGCACAAGCAAGCUUCCGCAUGGGCCGAGGUGGGGCGUGCGGAUCCUCGGGACCUCAACCUGGUAAAGGUUCUGUACUUCUUCCGCCACAAGGGGAAUCGGCCUCUAAUGGGCGGGCACCCACCACCGCUCACGUGGUGGGUGCUCGGAUAUGAAUACACCGGAAUUGGUCACGCCAACGACCGCGUCACCGACUCCGUCACCGGGCAUCCGACGCUGCAACUUCGAGCCCGCGGUCGUCCGGAGGUUUACCCUGUCUCGGCCAUCUAUCGGCAGGUGCAUCUCUACCACGCAUGCCCACUGAACGGCGACCCUGAGACGGACGGCUCUCAAUUUUGCGGGGUGGCGGGGGGGGGGGGUUCGUCCCAUGGUGGUGUUUGGCGCCACAGAUUCCGCCAAGCAACGCCGGGUACCGCUGGGUACGAUAGAUACCUGUACAACGAAUGUCACCACUCCAUCAACCAAGACACCUUCGUCUGA